AUUUAAAAUUAUCAACUGAAGAAUGCGCAGUUUGUUCGUAUAAAAGAGCGCAAGAUUUCGUGCGCAGUCAAUUCGUCGAGCAGUAGGUAAUAGAAAAGAUGAAUCGUUGGCGUGGAAAGGUGGCAAUAGUAACCGGAGCUAGUAGUGGUAUUGGCGCCGAGAUAGCCAAGAUUUUGGUGAAGAAUGGAGUUAACGUGGUCGGUAUUGCCAGGAAUAUGGAAAGAUUGGAGAAAAUUGGGGAGGAGAUCGGAAAGGAUAAGUUUUUCCCGAUUAAGUGCGACGUCUCGAAGGAAGAGGAUAUCCUGAACGUAUUCGAGUGGGUUGAAAAGAAAUUUAAGGGCAUUGAUAUUUUAGUGAACAACGCUGCUAUCUUUCACACUACUUUUUUCAUCGAUCAAAAAACCGAGGAAUAUCGUAAGAUAUUAGAUACGAAUUUAUUAGGUCCCGCGAUAUUUUCACGAGAAGCUGUAUUGUCUAUGAAAAAACGAAAUGGCCAAGGCCACGUAAUCAACAUUUCGAGCAUUGCCGGAUCUCAUUUCGACGCUAUAUUUGUGCCAAUGGGUUUAUAUGGACCGACUAAAAGCGGUAUGAUCAGUUUAAGCUCAGAACUUCGACACGAAAUCAUUCAGAAUAAAUUGAACAUCAAAGUCACGACUAUUAAUCCAGGACUUGUGAUGACAGAUAUGACAAACGACUUAAUUAAAGAAAGAAGAAAACAAAGUAUCAACACAAAUUCAUUAGAAUCUAUAGAUAUUGCUGAAGCAGUAAUUUAUGUGCUAGAAACACCGGAAAGAGUGGAAAUUCCACAAAUUACUUUACUACCGCAUAAGAGUCCAUUUAUUCUUUCAAAUAAAGAAAUAUUAUAAAUUAUAGACCAGAAUUCGAGGAUAAAAGUGGAUAAUGAUAUACGUCGAAAAGAAAAAUUAAUUUAAUACGAAAAAAUUGAUAUAUUAAUUGAUUAAAUUGAUUAAUUAAUUGUAUUGAAAAAAAUAAAUAAAGAAAAAUAUGAUUUGAUAAUGAUA